AUGAAUAUCUCAAUUAAGGAGAGUUUAGAACACAUUUGUGAUGUGUUCAGAUUUUUUGGGAUAGAUUACAUAACGGCGGAUUUGCUUAGAAGAGGAAAGUUUACGAAUAAAGGGAAGAAAAAAAAACAAGUCAUCAUUAAAUACAAUUUUUUGAUUAACGAUUUAUGCCUCCUUUACUGUUUCGAAUUUAAGAGAAAAUUCAAACCUACUUACACAGAAUAUGUAAAAAAAGAACUUCUAAGAGUAGAAGAAGAAAUAUACGCGAAAGGAAAAAAUAAAACCAUCAUUUGUAGUGGCAGUUGCAGUGGCAGUGGAAGUGGCAGAAAGGAGUAUUUAAAUCACAGUGGAAGACAUACAAAUGAUUUGCAUCGUCGUGCCGAAUUAGGACACAGCCAAGGACUUAAAGAAGAAAACACGUACCCACAUGAUGAAGGCGAUAUGUGUGCAGAAGACAAUGAUGACGAAAAAGACGAUGAUGACGAAGAAGAAGAUGAUGAUGAAGAAGAUCACUUAGUAGAGGAAUUAGAAAUGGAUAAUAUAUCAUACAGUGACGAUUUUAUUAUUAUAUCACCUAUGGUUGUACUAAUUCUGGAAUAUUUUGAAUACCCAAGAUUGUACUACCUUCUCAAGUGCAACUUUCAAAUGUGCAAAGAGUUACUUCUAUGUAUAGGGUUCCUGAUUGAUAGCACCAAAAUGCUGGAACAUUACGACAAGAGACAAGCAUUUUAUGAAUCGUUUUUUAGAAACCUCAGCUGUGCUAGUAGUAGCAGUGCAGGGGAUCGCACAAGUGCUAAUGGGAAGCAGAACAAUUAUUUAGAAAAAAAAAAAUCAGUGCCAGAAAAACCAGAGGAAGGAAUGAAUGCUGAUAGAAUUUAUCACGUAAUAAAUGAAGCAAUGUUAUUACUGUCGAACAGACCAUACGAUUUGGAACUGUUUCAAUACAAGUACAUGUACCAUUUUUUGAAUGAACUAAAAACUGGAACCCGUACUAGUGGGUAUGAAAACUUAAAACAGUGUGAAUCCAUAGGAGGGUCGAUGAAAAACUUUUGUGAAUACAAGGAAAAUGGAUAUUUAAAAAAAAAACACAACACUUGUCCUGCAAAAAAUGCAAGUCAAAACUUGAACGAUAAUAAGUGUCAACCUAUGAUGAUGAAUGACAAUUUUGCUAAUACAAUUGGAACGUCGAUCCCACAGAAGCAUGACAUUAUAGAAGUUGAAGAGGAACUUAGUUUACCAGAUUAUGUAUCGUAUGAUUACGCAAUAUAUCAAGAAAAUUUUAUAGAUCGAUAUAGUAGAAAUUGGGAUGGGGCUGGUGAUGAAUCUGCAUGGAUUGAUCCAGAAUGUGAUUCCACCCAUAGGAAUGAGAGUGACGAAUUGCGAUUGGUUGAAGAAAAUAUUAACAAAAUGAUGUAUAUCAAAAAACUUACAAGAAAUGUAAACAAGCACUGCAACCAACUUAUACAACUACAAAGAAAAACAAGUCAAUGUAUAAAUCAGCUUCAACAUCUAGACAGGAACAGAUUAUUUCUUUUUAAUAAAUUCAACUCAUUAGUGAGUGCAUACACAGAACCACACAAUGUUGUUGUUAACAUGUCCGAUUCGGGUACCUUAAGUAAUUCUUAUAAUGGGAAGAAAUGCGUUGAAAAACUGCAAAAAAAAAUGACACACAAACAAAAAAAGGUAAAUCUAAUGAAUAAUGUUUUGUUUACUGUGCACGUGGAUUUAGAAAGGGACAAAGAAUAUGUAGAAAAUAAGUUAUGCAGAAAUGAACAAAUUAUUUUAAAAGAAAAUAAAAAAAACAAAAACAUUGCACCUGCAGGUAAAAGUACUGUAUCGAAUUAUGGUGAUAAUUCUCAAAAUAUUUCAGGAAACAGUAAAUUUUCUCAGUAUGGAUUCCAUCUCCUAAAUGAUAGUAAAAAUACAAAUGCUGAAUUUUUUGAAGAAAUAAAUUACGACAAUGUGCUUGCCGACAAGGUCACAAUUAACGAGUUUCUUCUUUUGAAUGACACUCCAUUGUAUGAUAAAAUUUGUCACAUAUAUAAAAGCGGAGUACAUUUUUUUCAUUUCGAGCAGUUAAGAGCAGUUUUUUGGCUCUGGCUUCAGUCAAUAUUUCCUGACACCAUAGAUGAUCUAAAUAACAAAAAUCCACAUGAUAACAGUGACAAAACAAUAAGAAAAGAAGACGUAGUUGUUCCCGUUGACCUUUUCGACAUAAACAAUAACAAAUUUUUUUAUGACAAUAUCGUUCCCCCUGCAGACAUGGAGAACCUCUACAUUCACAUUUUAAGUGACCUUAACAACUUCGAGAGAAAUGUCAAGCUGCUGAAGGAGUACCUGUUCGAGAAGGGAUGCACGAUUGGAUAUAACAAAGUUGGUAAAGGUGGAAAAGCGAACGAUCAGACAAACAGAUUGAAUGGAAUUACGAAAUAUGUAAAUGAUCUACAUGCAGAAUUUGUUGCAUACUACAAUUAUAAAAAGAAAGCGAAGGAUCUAUGUGAUGAAAUGUUUGUUGAAUUUCUUGAAACAAAAAAAAAAAAUAUGACUAUCAAUUCAAGUGUUGAAAAAGAAGACUACACCAAUUUAGCAAAUAUUAUUAAUCGACAUUUAAUUGGCAUAGAUAAUAUUCUCAAAUAUAAUCCAAUUCUGGAUUUUACCAAAAUGGUUGAUGGGAUUAAAAACCAAAGCUUUAUUCGUACUGAGGUAAAUGUAAUUCAGUUAGAUUGUCAAGACUGGUAUAAUAUGUAUAUAUAUCAUAGGAAAAAAAGAAAAAAAGCUAGGGGAAUCACUACUGAGGGAGAAAACAAUUCUAGAGGAAUUUCAACAACCACUGUUGUCACCAGUUCGAAUGGCACAUCAGGGAAACAUUUUCCUUCAAACCACAUAAUAAAUUUUAUGACCAACUCAAAUUAUAAAAUAAAUGAAAAACCGAAAACCUACGCAUCAACCAUUUUCAACUAUUCCGAUCAGUUCAUAUCGAACAAUGACAUAUACACCUUUUCCGAAAAUAUUAUAAAAUCAGGGGAAGAUUUUGACAUCUUUGUCAAAGGGAAAAGGGACAAGUGCGUGCAUAAUUUUCAUCACCUUUUGCGAAAGGUUGAGCGAUACAUGAAUUGCGUCGCAUACAACUUGUAG